AUGUACCUCCAUGGCGCGUUGCUUGCUUUCUUGGCACUGACUGGCGCGGAGCGGCUAGAAACUGAAGACCAGGACGAGAUUGCCAGCUUGAAGGUGCAGCUGUUGCAAGUCGGCCCGGCCAUCCGGCGGAGAAAUGGCUUCGACGUGGCGGGGGCGCUGGCGGACCGUCCGCCGGGGGCGUUUGGGAAGCUGAAGGUUCUCACCCAGGCGAUUGGGCUGACCUACAACACCACCAAGCCCAAGAACCGGCCCACAAGCCUGAAUUUCACAGUCGAUGGCGUGGCCUGGCGGGCGCUCGCGUCCCUCAGCCGCAACCCCGCGGUGGGCGGCGUUUUCGCGCGGGUCUUCGAGUCCACGGCGUCGGAUCCGGAGGCGGUGGUGGCCUUCAAAGGCGUCUGCACGGAGCCGCAGCUGGAGCAGUGCCAGGUGGAUAUGUGCUACCUCACGCAGAUCCAGAACUAUGGGCUGGAGUCGGCACGUGUUGCGCAGCUGACAGGCUUUGAUGUGACGAGCUGCGCCAAAUAUGCCCACCUCCUGGACUUCACAGACCAGGCGGCGCGGCUGGUGGACGAGGUCAGGAAAAGCCUGCCGAAGCAUCGCCUGGUGCUUACGGGCCAUUCCCUGGGCGGCAUGUUGGCGAUGUCCAGCGCGGGCUUCGAUGUGCCGGCGGUCGCCUUUGCGCCCACGCCUUCGCAAAGCACGAAGGUAGGCGGCAAUGUGGCCUCCCUCUGCGAUCCUUAUGACUGCGGCAUCAACUCGUUCUUUGUGCCCAAUGCGCGCCACGGGCCGACCUGCCUGUUUCUGCACCAGGAGGAGCCUCCACCAUGCCAGGCGCUCCCGGAGCCCUACGAGAACCGCACCUGGCGGGAGCUGCUGGAGAAGCAAGGCGACUUGGUGCAGCUGCUGCUGUGCAAAGGCAGCGCCCACCGUUGGCCUCGCUACGAGGCCAUGGUGGCUGCAGUGGCCGAUGGGCGCAGGAGUCUCCCCGUGUGCAGCCAUGACUUCAGCGCAAUCGGCGCCUGA